AUGGCGACAGCGGAGGUGGUGGUGGCCAACGGCUCGGGCGGCGCCGACACCAAGGCCGCGUUUAAGGAGAUAUACAGCAAGCUCAAGGAGGAGAUGCUCAAGGACCCCGCCUUCGAGUUCACCGACGAGUCGCUCCAGUGGAUCGACCGCAUGGUGGAUUACAAUGUGCUUGGAGGAAAGUGCAACCGUGGGCUCUCUGUCAUCGAUAGCUACAAGAUAUUGAAGGGUGUUGAUGUUCUGAGCAAGGAGGAGACAUUUCUUGCCUGCACCCUUGGCUGGUGUAUUGAAUGGCUUCAAGCUUAUUUUCUUGUGCUUGACGAUAUUAUGGACAACUCCCAGACACGGCGUGGCCAGCCUUGCUGGUUUAGAGUGCCGCAGGUUGGCCUCAUUGCUGUAAAUGAUGGGAUUAUCCUUCGCAAUCAUAUUUCACGAAUCCUUCAACACCACUUCAAAGGAAAGCCAUAUUAUGUUGAUCUCAUUGACCUAUUCAAUGAGGUUGAGUUCAAGACAGCUUCAGGGCAAUUGUUGGAUCUUAUCACUACCCACGAGGGUGAAAAGGAUCUAACUAAAUAUAACUUGACAGUUCACCGCCGCAUCGUUCAGUACAAGACAGCUUAUUAUUCAUUCUACCUUCCUGUUGCAUGUGCAUUGUUGCUGGCUGGUGAGAACUUGGAUAACUUUGGUGAUGUAAAGAACAUUCUCGUCGAAAUGGGAACAUACUUUCAAGUUCAGGAUGAUUAUCUAGAUUGUUUUGGUGAUCCUGAAUUCAUUGGCAAGAUCGGAACUGACAUUGAAGACUACAAAUGUUCCUGGCUAGUUGUGCAAGCUCUUGAACGUGCUGAUGAGAACCAAAAGAGGAUUCUGUUUGAAAAUUAUGGAAAGUCUGAUCCAGCAUGUGUUGCAAAGGUGAAGGACUUGUACAAAGAGCUUAAACUGGAGGAGGUUUUCCAUGAGUAUGAGAGGGAGAGUUACAACAAGCUGAUUGCCGACAUCGAGGCCCAGCCGAGCAAGGCAGUCCAGACUGUUUUAAAGUCCUUCCUUCACAAGAUCUACAAGAGGGACAAGUAG